CACUUGUCAUUCCACACUCGCGUUCCCAGAUCAGACACAGUCGUAAGCUUUCGCCGCGCUCGCGUCCGCUCGCCGUUCCUUUUUCUAACCGUAAUACAUUGAAACAAAGAUGGUGGAAAGGAUUUUUAUACGAGCUCAGAUGGAGAAGAAUUUGUGUCCGUGACUCGUUGUGAACUCGCAAUCUGCAUGAUCAACUGGCCAAUCAUGAAGUGUAUACUAUUUGACGUGACUAAUUUUGACCCUAUUCUGCGAAAAAUCUGUGUUUCCUUCUACAACAAACUUGCCAUCAAUGCCUACACCGCACCCGGAACGAAAAGUAAUUAACUCGAGAAAAGGAGAAACUGAAAAUUUCACUUGUGCAAACUGUCGUAAAGCUGUAUCGUUUGGGUAACUUAUCCAUCAUCGAGUGAGUGAUUUGAGUUUAAGAAGACGAGAAAAAAGUGGCUCUUUAGCGUGCGAUAGAUGCGCUAGACGAUCAUAAAAAAGCGGUGAGGAAAGCAAAGUGAAAAGUGACCCUACGAGAAGUAACUGUAAGAGCUGGUUUGGUUCGUUCUCUUUUCCUCUCACAUCAUGUAUGUAGCCACGGAAUGAAUCAAUUUGUUCUAAGAAUGCUUUGAGCGUUUGAGACGAUUCCGAAGGGGAUAGCGUGUGUGACAACAAUUCCACAAUUAGUCGCCCAAUAUCGAGUUCGCUUUCCAGCAGCACAUUGAAGCGCCAGUGUUAAUGCCUACUCAUGCCCGCGUGCGGUGAUUCCAUCAUAAACAAUGGAAACCGAAUCAGUUAAAUCGGAACCGAGCAGUAAAACGACACGGCGCUCGAGGGGCCAUAACGGCGGCAAUAACAGCAGCACACUGGGAUCACACAGAGACCGAACGAGACACUCGCAUCGUAAUAAUCACUCGCGAAACAAGCGCCCAGAUAUGGCCCCAUUCCAGACAACCGUCAAUAUUGGCGACGAUAGCCGCGAUGGUCAGGAAGUGAUUGAAGUUCAAAUUUUACCACAAGACGAAAACUGGGGAGAAAAUACAACGGCCAUUACGGGGAAUACAUCCGAGCAGAGCAUCUCAAUGGAAGAUGUUAGCUAUUGGCAAAUGUCUGACGACACGGGAAUUGGUUUCGCCUGUCAAAGGUACCUGGAAAGGACGAUAUCGAUAGCGCUAUGCACCGUAGCAAUGGCGAGUCCAGUUGCGAUGGCAAUUUUACCAAAGUUAGGAUUCUUUCCCUCGGCAUUUGAUAACCAGGAAUUGACCCAAAAUGAUCGGAUACAGCUGCUAGCGUGUAAUGCGGAAUGCAAAGGUUUGCUGGUUUCGCUAACGGCCAGGAUGCUUCUACUGGCGAUAGGUUUGUGGGCGGUGUUUGCGCGAAAGCCGAUUGCCAUUAUGCCGAGGAUAUUCUUCUUCAGAACAUCCGUGUUGUUGCUGGUUUUAAUUUCAACAUUUGCCUAUUGGCUGUUCUAUAUUGUGCAAGUAACUGAGGGCACAAAAGCAUUAGUUACUGGGUCAGCAGCAGUGGACUAUAAGACUUUAGUUACUUAUGCUACAAACUUUUGCGAUACGUUGCUUUUCAUUCACUAUGUUGCGGUUAUUCUGCUGGAAAUUCGUCACCUGCAACCAAUCUAUCAUAUCAAGGUGAUUCGUAGCCCUGAUGGUGAAUCACACAACUACAGUAUCGGUCAACUGAGCAUACAAAGGACAGCUGUUUGGGUACUGCAGAGGUAUUACACAGAGUUCACAAUCUAUAAUCCGUAUCUGGAACGGUUGCCCGUAUCGAAAUCACAGCGCAAGGCCUUAUCUACAUUCAAGUACUACGAAGUUGAUGGUGCCACUCCAGCACAACAACAGAGCCAAUCGAGAGCGGUUCUGGCGGCUCAUGCACGCCGCCGAGAUUCUUCACACAACGAACGGUUCUAUGAAGAACACGAGUACGACCGCAGAGUUAAGAAACGAAGAGCUCGUUUGGUUACGGCAGCUGAGGAAGCUUUCACGCACAUCAAACGUCUCCAAAAUGACCAGCCUCAACCCCAGGCACCGGUGAUACCGUUGGACCCGCAGGAGGCAGCUCAAGCCAUUUUCCCAUCAAUGGCCCGUGCUUUACAGAAAUAUUUACGUGUCACUCGCCAACAGCCCCGGCACACAAUUGAAUCCAUACUCAAACAUCUUUCGCACUGCUUAAAAAACGACAUGUCACCUCGCGCCUUCCUCGAGCCAUAUCUCGUCGAGACCCCAGUGCUCCAGAACGACAAAGAACGACGAACAAACCACAACUGGGCGCUGAUUUGUGACGAACUGCUGUCACGACCCAUUGCUGACGGAUGCACCUUCCAGCUGAUACAAAACGACGUCUCAUUGACUGUUUCCAUUAACAAAAUCCCACAUUUCACAAUCAGCGAAGAAGUGGUGGAUCCAAAGUGUAAUAAAUUUGUCCUUAAGCUCAACUCGGAAACCAGCGUGUGACCUCCUCGCCCAGCCCGUAUCGGAAAGUACUUCAACGCCCAGUAUCACAGCCGCUUGGGUCAGCCCAGUGGAAGCGCAAUAGAACACACCGAACGAAAAGAGAUUCUCAAAAAUCUGAACCUCAUUCUGGCCGGCAAAAAACGUAAUCGAAAGAUCAAGGAUCGCUUGGUCUAGUGUUUGGUGAUGGUGGUGACGACGAAAGAAAAUAAUUAACUGUUAGUUUCCGCGUUGGUGUGUGAGAGAUAGUGGGACUGUGUAUAGUUUAAUUGCCACCAGUUAUGGGAGGGUGUCGAAAACCGUUCAUCGAAUGGUGAACCUGUAGGAAAUGUAUAAUUACAAAAUGUUGGGAUCAUCUGAUUGUAUUGAAUUAGUGACCGAAAGUGACCGGCGGCAAACAACAGAGGAAAACUAAAUAAUCACCAGGUUAUUCUGGACACGUUCACCAGCAUCUCGACGGAGGAGUGGUUUACUGGUGGCUCUUGCUACCAGACGAAAUAGCUUCAUUACAAUUCUCCGAUCGUCGCGUAAGACAUUGGUCUGUCUAAUCGUGGAAAACAUAAUUAUUAGCCAUAGAACAAUAGGCGAACCAGCCCAGGAGGCUGAAAGCCUUUCAAAUAAAGAAUUAAAAAAAAAGCCAUAGAACAAGCAAGGCAGAAAAAAAAGAAACACGUGCAAACAUAACAAAUUAUUAAUUUUUAAUGCUCAUACGCAUCCGGACAUUUGCAUAUCAUUCGAGUUGAAAAACAGCCGCAAAGCCAUGCGGCUAUAAAGGAGAAAAUAUCAUAACUAUUCUAAACGAAUCCGUGUUGCAUCAAGCGAGCAUAAAUGAAGCGAAGUUUGGAGCACCACUGCCUAAGAGUAGUUAACAUCGAGGCACCGCCGGGUUCAUGGUGAAGAACGAAUAGAAAAUGGAGCUCAUGGACCUUAAUGGAUUCGAAUUAAGAAUAGUGAAUAAUUAUCCGAACAGAGAAUGAUGUUCCGUCUGGGCAUAGCUCUACAGUGCGAUAGGUUCAAUUAUCAACAGAAUGGUGACCAUUCAGACCAAAUCCCAACAAUGGUUCGAACGAUAUCCGCAAUGUAUUCU